AUGGAGGAUAAUCAUGUCCCUGCUUCUCAGGGUAACCUACCUGUUCGUACCAAUUUGCAUUUGUGCUUAGAUAGAAGCGACAUUGGUGGAGAGACGUACCUGUACAAAGUCAGCAUACUGUCAACCUUCCUCGCUCCUUUCAAGUACCUAAGUCCCGGCACCACCCACACGGAGGAUGAAGACAAUCUCAGUACCAGCAGCGCGGACGUGAAGGAAAACCGAAAUGUGAGCAACCUGGCGCCCCGGCCGCUGACGCCGGGGGACAGGGCCAGAGGCGGCCCGUCCAGCACCAAAAGGAAGAGGCCCCUGGAGGAGGGGAACGGGGGCGGCCACCUGUGCAAGCUGCAGCUGAUCUGGAAGAGGCUGUCCUGGUCCGUGACCCCCAAGAACGCCCUGGUACAGCUGCACGAGCUGAAGCCCGGCCUGCAGUACCGCAUGGUGUCGCAGACAGGCCCGGUGCACGCGCCCGUGUUCGCCGUGGCCGUGGAGGUGAACGGCUUCACCUUCGAGGGCACGGGCCCCACCAAGAAGAAGGCCAAGAUGCGCGCGGCCGAGCUGGCGCUCAAGUCCUUCGUGCAGUUCCCCCACGCGGGCCAGGCGCAGCCGGCGCUGGGCGGCGCGGCCGGGCCCUGCCCAGACUUCACCUCCGACCAGGCCGACUUCCCGGACACGCUGUUCAAGGAGUUCGAGUCCCCGGCCCCCGCCGCCGACGCGGCUGUGCACCCCGAGGCCCGGGCCCCCCGCCGCCUAGCCCCCCACCACCCCCACCCCGGGCGCGGGCGGCUGCUGUGCCGCGCGCUGGAGCUGGUGGGCCCCGCGCGCCCCCCGGGGACCCCCGGCGAGAGCAACCCGGUGGUGGUGCUGAACGAGCUGCGCUCCGGCCUGCGCUACGUGUGCCUCUCGGAGACCAGCCAGAGGCCCCGAGCCAAGAGCUUUGUGAUGGCCGUGUGCGUGGACGGCAGGACGUUCGAAGGUUCUGGACGCAGCAAGAAGCUAGCCAAGGGGCAGGCGGCGCAGGCCGCCCUGCAGGCCCUCUUCGACAUCCGGCUGCCCGGACACACCCCCGGCCGGAGUAAAAGUAACCUGUUGCCUCAGGAAUUUGCCGACUCGGUGUUCCAGCUGGUCACACAGAAGUUCCGGGAGCUGACCGUUGGCCUGACGUCUGUGCAUGCCCGCCACAAAUCACUGGCUGGGAUUGUCAUGACCAAAGGCUUGGACACCAGGCAGGCGCAGGUCAUCGUCCUGUCCUCGGGCACCAAGUGCAUCAAUGGCGAGCACAUCAGUGACCAGGGGCUGGUGGUCAACGACUGUCAUGCUGAGAUCGUGGCCAGGAGAGCAUUUCUCCACUUCUUGUAUGCACAGCUGGAGCUGCACCUGAGUAAGCGUCGCGAGGACUCAGAGCGGUCAAUAUUUGUGCGUUUAAAGGAAGGCGGCUACAGACUGCGGGAGAACAUCCUCUUCCAUCUCUACGUGAGCACAUCGCCCUGCGGAGACGCGAGACUCAACUCCCCCUACGAGAUCACCACUGACCUGAACAGUGCCAAACACAUCGUCAGGAAGUUUCGCGGGCACCUGCGUACCAAGAUUGAGUCUGGGGAGGGGACGGUGCCGGUGCGAGCCCCCAGUGCAGUGCAGACGUGGGACGGCAUCCUGCUGGGAGAGCAGCUAGUCACCAUGUCCUGCACGGACAAGAUCGCCAGGUGGAAUGUCCUGGGACUCCAGGGUGCCCUCCUCUGCCACUUCAUCGAGCCCGUUUACCUCCACAGCAUUGUGGUGGGCAGCUUGCACCACACCGGCCACCUCUCCCGGGUCAUGAGCCACAGGAUGGAGGACAUUGGCCAGCUGCCCACCUCCUACCGGCACAACCGGCCACUCCUAAGUGGAGUGAGUAAUGCCCAAGUGCUGCAGCCAGGGAAAUCUCCCCACUUCAGUGUCAACUGGGUUGUGGGCAACGCGGACCUGGAGAUUAUUAAUGCCACCACCGGGAAGAGGAGCUGUGGGAGUCCAUCCCGACUCUGCAAGCACGUGUUCUCUGCCCGGUGGGCACGGCUGUAUGGUAGGCUGAACACACGGUUCCCAAGCAAUGGAGACACGCCAUCCAUGUACUGUGAGGCCAAGCUGGGGGCUCACACCUACCAGUCUGUUAAACAGCAGCUGUUUAAGGCUUUUCAGAAAGCUGGCCUAGGCACCUGGGUGAGCAAACCACCAGAGCAAGAUCAGUUUCUACUAACUCUCUAAGUCACUGGACUCCUUAGCUAUUGGACCGAAGAGAAACGCCGGGAGAGGACGUGGCCAAGUGUGUGGAGCGCUGUGGUGUGUCUGUUCAUCUGUUCUCAGCGUUUACCUUCCUUCAGCAAUCCAGAAACACAUGGGUGUCCAUGUUUGGAUGAGCAACUAGAGUUGACUCCAAAUCAAUCAGUGUUUGGAUGAGCACAGUAGAUUUGGCUUCUCCCCUAGCUACUA